AUGAAGAAAGAGGUGGAGAGAAUAGCUGGGAUGAAAUCUUUGAAAGAGCUCAGGAUCGCACGGGUUGCGUCGCAAGGCGUUGAAGACGGUAACGGUAACGGGUAUUUGUGCCCUACUAUGGGGUUUGGAAUAAAUAAGCAGGGAUCGGGAGCAAAUAAGCAGGGGUCUAGAGCAAAUAAGCAGGGAUCUGGAACAAAUAAGCAGGGAUCUGGAGCAAAUAAGCAUGGAUCUGGAGCAAAUAAGCACGGAUCUGGAGCAAAUAAGCAGGGAUCUGGAGCAAAUAAGCAGGGGUCUGGAACAAAUAAGCAGGGAUCUGGAGCAAAUAAGCAGGGGUCUGGAGGAUCUAGAACAAAUAAGCAGGGAUCUGGAGCAAAUAAGCAGGGAUCUGGAAGAAAUAAGCAGGGAUCUGGAGUAAAUAUGCAGGGGUCUGGAACAAAUAAGCAGGGGCCUGGAGCAAAUAAGCUGGGAUCUGGAGCAAAUAAGCAGGGAUCUGGUGCAAAUAAGCGGGGAUCUGGAGCAAAUAAGCAGGGAUCUGGAGCAAAUAUGCAGGGGUCUGGAGCAAAUAAGCAGGGAUCUGGAGCAAAUAAGUAG